AUGGAAAAUAUUGAAAGGAUUACUAUUAUAACAAGAUCUUCAAGCUUAGAAGUCGGAUCUGAUAAUCUAACAAAUGCACCACCAAGUUAUCAGGAUGCAGUUUCUAAUGUAUCUUUACAAACUUCUG